GCCCAGGGCGCCGCAUCCUGGCGCUGGCCUCCGACGCCGCUGCGGCCACUGCCGUCGGGGAAGGUCCCAGCGCUGACAUGACCUCGCGCGGCGCUCGCCCGGGCCCAAGCUCCCGGCGUCCCGCGCAGUAGCCCCGCGAAGAGGCGGACUCGACGGUGCCGACCGCGCAGAAAAUCAGGCGGGCGGCAUGGAGGCGGCGCACCUGCUCCCGGCCGCCGACGUGCUGAACCGCUUCUCGGUGAGGGUCGAGAGCGGCCUGAGGCCGGAGCAGGUGUCUGGCGCGCGGGAGCGCUACGGCCCCAACGAGCUCCCAAAUGAGGAAGGGAAGUCCCUGUGGGAGCUGGUGCUGGAGCAGUUUGAGGACCUCCUGGUGCGCAUCCUGCUGUUGGCUGCCCUGGUCUCCUUUGUCCUGGCCUGCUUUGAGGAGGGUGAAGAGACAGCAACAGCCUUCGUGGAGCCCCUGGUCAUCAUGCUGAUCCUCGUGGCCAAUGCUGUCGUGGGCGUAUGGCAGGAACGCAAUGCUGAGAGCGCCAUUGAGGCCUUGAAGGAGUAUGAGCCUGAGAUGGGCAAGGUGAUCCGCUCAGACCGCAAAGGUGUGCAGAGGGUCCGUGCCCGGGACAUCGUCCCUGGAGACAUCGUGGAGGUGGCAGUGGGGGACAAAGUACCCGCUGACCUUCGCCUCAUCGAGAUCAAGUCCACCACACUGAGAGUGGACCAAUCCAUCCUGACAGGUGAAUCCGUGUCUGUGACCAAGCACACUGAUGCCAUCCUGGAUCCCAGAGCUGUGAACCAGGACAAGAAGAACAUGCUCUUCUCCGGCACCAAUAUCGCAUCGGGCAGGGCCCUGGGUGUGGCGGUGGCCACAGGCCUGUACACGGAGCUGGGCAAGAUCCGGAGCCAGAUGGCGGCAGUGGGGCCAGAGCGGACGCCACUGCAGCGCAAGCUGGAUGAGUUCGGGCGGCAGCUGUCCCGAGCCAUCUCUGUGAUCUGUGUGGCCGUGUGGGUCAUCAACAUCAGCCACUUUGCUGACCCGGCCCAUGGCGGCUCCUGGCUCCAUGGCGCUGUCUACUACUUCAAGAUUGCCGUGGCCCUGGCCGUGGCUGCCAUCCCUGAGGGCCUCCCGGCUGUUAUCACUACCUGCCUGGCUCUGGGCACACGGCGCAUGGCACGCAAGAAUGCCAUUGUGCGGAGCCUGCCCUCCGUGGAGACCCUGGGCUGCACCUCAGUCAUCUGCUCCGACAAGACUGGCACACUCACCACCAACCAGAUGUCUGUCUGCCGGAUGUUCGUGGUAGCCGAGGCCGAAGCAGGCUCCUGCCAUCUGCACGAGUUCACCGUCUCAGGCACCACUUAUGCCCCGGAGGGCGAAGUGAGGCAGGAGGAGCAGCUUGUGCACUGUGGGCAGUUCGAUGGGUUGGUGGAGCUGGCGACGAUCUGUGCCCUCUGCAACGACUCGGCGCUGGACUACAACGAGGCUAAGGGCGUGUAUGAGAAGGUAGGAGAGGCCACGGAGGCGGCUCUGACUUGCUUGGUGGAGAAGAUGAAUGUGUUUGACACCAACCUACAGGCCCUAUCCCGGGUGGAGCGAGCCAGUGCCUGCAAUGCGGUCAUCAAGCAGCUGAUGCGUAAGGAGUUUACCCUGGAGUUCUCCCGAGACCGGAAGUCCAUGUCAGUGUACUGCACGCCUACUAGCCCUGGCCUGGCAGCCCAGGGCAGCAAGAUGUUUGUGAAGGGGGCUCCUGAGAGUGUGAUCGAGCGCUGCAGCUCAGUCCGAGUGGGAAGCCACACAGUACCCCUGACUGCCACGUGCAGAGAGCAGAUCCUGGCCAAGAUUCGGGAUUGGGGCUCAGGCUCAGACAUGUUGCGCUGCCUGGCGCUGGCCACUCGGGAUGCACCCCCAAGGAAGGAGGACAUGCAGCUGGACGACUGCAGCAAGUUUGUGCAGUACGAGAUGGACCUGACUUUUGUGGGCUGCGUGGGCAUGCUGGACCCUCCAAGGCCUGAGGUGGCUGCUUGCAUCGCACGCUGCCACCAGGCCGGCAUCCGUGUGGUCAUGAUCACAGGGGACAACAAAGGAACAGCUGUGGCCAUCUGCCGCCGCCUUGGCAUCUUCAGGGACGCAGAGGACGUGGUGGGGAAGGCCUACACAGGUCGCGAAUUUGACGACCUCAGCCCUGAGGAGCAGCGCCAUGCCUGCCGCACAGCAUGCUGUUUCGCCCGCGUGGAACCUGCACACAAGUCCCGAAUCGUAGAGAACCUACAGUCCUUUAAUGAGAUCACCGCCAUGACCGGAGACGGGGUGAAUGAUGCCCCGGCUCUGAAGAAAGCAGAGAUUGGCAUUGCCAUGGGCUCUGGCACAGCUGUGGCCAAGUCAGCAGCCGAGAUGGUGCUGUCAGAUGACAACUUUGCCUCGAUCGUGGCCGCGGUGGAGGAGGGACGUGCCAUCUACAACAACAUGAAGCAGUUCAUCCGCUACCUCAUCUCCUCCAAUGUGGGCGAGGUGGUCUGCAUCUUCCUCACGGCAAUUCUGGGCCUCCCGGAAGCCCUGAUCCCUGUGCAGCUGCUUUGGGUGAACCUGGUGACAGAUGGGCUACCUGCCACAGCCCUGGGCUUUAACCCACCAGACCUGGACAUCAUGGAGAAGCUGCCAAGGAACCCUCAUGAGGCCCUCAUCAGCGGCUGGCUCUUUUUUCGAUAUCUGGCUAUUGGAGUGUACGUGGGCCUGGCCACGGUGGCUGCCGCCACCUGGUGGUUCCUUUAUGAUGCCGAGGGACCUCACGUCACCUUCUACCAACUGAGGAACUUCCUGAAGUGCUCCAAGGACAACCCACUCUUUGCUGACAUCGACUGCGAGGUCUUCGAGUCACGCUUUCCCACAACCAUGGCCUUGUCUGUGCUGGUGACCAUUGAAAUGUGUAAUGCCCUCAACAGUGUCUCAGAGAACCAGUCGCUGCUGCGGAUGCCGCCCUGGCUGAACCCUUGGCUGCUGGCCGCUGUGGUCAUGUCCAUGGCCCUGCACUUCCUCAUCCUACUGGUGCCGCCCCUGCCCCUUAUUUUCCAGGUGACCCCACUGAGUGGGCGCCAGUGGGUGGUGGUGCUCCAGAUAUCUCUGCCUGUCAUCCUGCUUGAUGAAGCCCUCAAGUACCUGUCCCGGAACCACAUGGAUGCCUGCCUUUAUGCAGGCAUGCUCAGGACAGUCUCCCGGGCAUGGAGUGGGCAGCUACUGACCACCUCCGGGACCCUAGACCACACUGGGUUGACCUCUUUGGUGUCACCUUGUAGGAGGGUGGAAGAGGGGGUUCUCCUGUUUCUGAGCUCACAGCUCUGGGUCUGCCUUAAUCCAGGAAAAGAGGGACAAUGGCAGAGGCAGAGUUGGGGGCAGCAUGUAGAGGAGUGGGCUGGGGCAUAGCAUCCAUCUGCCGACCUCUGCUGGCGGAGGAGCCUCAGAGAGUGGGGGAUUCUAAACCUCCCGUGCGCAAGGGAGGCCACCUCUUCUCCCUGUCAGAGCUGCUUAGAGAGGGAAGAAGUGGGGGCAAAAAACUCCCUGUUCCUGGGAGUGUGAGCCAAGUCAGUAGCCCCAUGGCCAGGCUGCUGUGGAGGGUCUGGAUUAGGCCCAGCUAUGGCCAAAGCCUGCAUGGGAGCAGCUGGGUCCUUGAGGGCCAUCUCUGGCAGGAAUGUGCCCCAGCCUCAGGGGAGGGAGCCUGGAGUUGGGGGGCUAUAAAUAGAUCACGUGCUUGUCAUUCCAUAGGGGCCAAGGCAAUCAAUCGGCUCCUAUCUCCCACGCUGGCCAGUCCUCCUGGGCACUGCAAACAUUUUAUCUUAUUAAAGAGGCCAAAACAAGUUGGCCUCCUGAAGAAGCUGGCCCACCAUGGGUCUGUCCAUACUGGACGCACACACAGGGGCUCACCUGAGGGCGGGGCUAAGGUGCUCGGCCAAAGCAAGGCCUUGUUGGAGCGCAUGGGUGAGGUAGCAGGGAGCAAGACAAGGCCUUUUGCCCCCUGUAUGGUUCUUUCUGACCCACCCACUAUGCUUACUCCUAGGGAGCUGAAGAAGGUGAAAUAGAUCUAAAAUUCCAUCCUUGGGAGCCCAGGGCCUCCCCAUUUCUGGCUGAAGCGCAGGGGUGGUCUACGAGAAAAUCCACUGGCCAACCUUGAUCACACUAACUCACCUGUGAAGUCAGGUCUCGUUGGCAGCUUGGGCGGCUUCUCUGUCUUCCUUGAGAGCCUUCCCUAGCAGCCACAACAGCCAAGGGGCUCAGCAAAUUUUCUUGAGAAAACUUUCAAAAUUUCUUAGCCAAUGGGGAAAACCUGUGUCUCGGGCACUAUUCAGUCCUGGCUGCUGGAUGGUGACCCUAACAGGAUGGGACAGGUUGGAAGGGCUAGGGAGGGAGCAAUCCCUGCUGGGCCAGGGUUGGAGGUGAUUUCUAGAAGAGGCAAGGUCUGAGCAGAGGUUUGAAAGGGGAGGAUGGAACUUGGUGCGGAAAGAGCUAAGCUAGCAUGCUUUGGCGUUUCUAGUGGGGCUGGGGCUCAGAGUGCAGGGGAGAGAGGUAAGACUAGAGUGCAGAAAGGGCCUCGAAUGCCAAGUUAAGGACCCUGGACAUAUCCUCAUGGCAGUGGGAGCCAGAAAGGGUGGAAGCAUGGAAGGGACUGGGGUAACCAUGGAGGACAGAUGUGAGGGGCAAGGCAGGGAGGCUGAUGAGCUGUGUUGAGCUGGUCUGAGGGGAGACACUGAGUCCAGCCCAGGGUGAGCUGGUUCUAGGCAACACCUCCACCUCCACCAUGAACCUGAGAUGUUGACUAUGGUCCUCGUGAGGCUUGGCUUGAAAGGGUGGUGCCCUGCUGUAGGGAGUGGCUGUGGGGCCCACAGGGCAUGUGUGGCCCCAUGGGAGAGGUGGAGUGGUGUGCGCCCACUGCAAGCCAAACAGCUCUGCCCUGUGUGGCUGUAGUCCCUCGGGCCUCCUAAAGCCGAUGGGGCGGGGGUGAGAGAGAGGACCCUGCUACAUUCCCAAGCCAGCCUGGUGGCCUUUUAGGGAAGUUUUGCUGAGGCUUGAUGCUCGUAGCUUCCCUAUGAUUUAUGAGGGAAUGUGUCCUGGGAAGAAUUGCAGAUGCCCGGUCAGCCCCAGGGGGUAGGCAAGGGGGCGAGGGGGGGUCCUCUUGCCCCAUCUUCUGGCUGUACCCAGGUGUGGCUGAGCAGCUGUCAGGCAAAGAGGCCGUCGGGCCAGACUGAGGGGAGAGGAGGCCUGGAGAAACUGGGUGGAGACAGAUCUGGGAGAGUCCGGGAUGCGAGGUGGGCUUGCCUUUAUGCCGAAGGCAAUGGAGAGCCACCCAAGGGGAUGACAGCCUGGAUUUGUAGUGUGAUGCCAGGGUCAGGAGCAUGACGGUGAGGUAAGGGGGGGCUAAG